GGGCAGAUCCCAAGAUAGGGCAAGAUACCUAUUCCUAUUGGAGUUAGGGCACAUUAAACAAUUAUGAAUGAUUUUAUUUUGAAUCUCAAAUGAGAUAUAGUUCCAAAUUUUCUCAAUAGUGUGCGAUGCUGAUGUCCAUCUCCUUCUAUUCCCUUUCUUCUAGAUGUGAUGAAUCACUGUAUUGAAAGCUAACUUGCCUAAGGCAUCACAUGAAGAUAUGUGGUUGAAGGUUUUUUAGGACCCAUCUCCAUUCUUUGUCAAAAGGAAGGAGGACUGUAGGGAUCGACUAGCACUUUCUGAGAAUACUUUUCUAAACAACAUUUUGAAAAAGGGCAAGCAAAGGAUAAAUAAGUAAUACUUUCAGUGUAAUUCUAUUAGAGACAACAAUUUGGGAUUGUAAGAGUUCUUUGGGAAAGAAACUCCAAGGUAGGAAGAGAAUUAGUUAAAACUCCCAAACAAUAAAGCUAUGUCUAGGAAUAGAAAAGGAAAAUCAAAUUGACCUAAACCACAAAACAGACAAGCCUUUUGAUAUAACUAAAUCCCAAGCAAAAGAAGCGGAGAAUUAUUUUGGAAGAACUAGCAAUUCAUUGGACAAUAUCCUCACUGCCUCUAGAUCGCAAACAAAUCCUUUGUAGCUUCCCCCUAACCUCAAAGAGAGAAUUAUAAUUUCUAAAGCUAGGAAUCCAAAGAUUAUCUCUCAAGAUGGAAGAUACCUUAGUCGACCUAUUAGACCCCACAUCAUAUUUCAUUAUCUAUCACCAUAAUUUAAAAUCAACACAAUAGGGUACCAAUUAUCAAGCCAAACCAAGGUGCAAGACCUAUCACUAAUAAAGGACUGGAUAGGAUUUAGAACAGAGUGACUAUUUAAAAAUCUUCUUCCAAGCCCAAGAAGUAUCCAAAUGUAUAGAUAUAGUCCAAAUGGAAUUGGAUGGAAUAGUAAGACCUCCAUCAACUAUCACCCAAAAAAAAAAAAAAAAAAAAAAAGGGACCAAUGCAUAGGCUCUUACUAUUGCAGGGUCUGGGAGGGGCAAAUGUUCGCAAUCUUGCCCUUGCUUUUGUAGGAAGGGUUGUUUCCAAUUUCCGAACCUGUGACCAACAUGUUAGAAUAGUGAAACUUAAAUGUUGCACUACAAGCUUGCCCACUAAGACCUCCAUUGGUUAUCAUACCCUAUAAAUUAGAUUGGAUUGACAUAGGUUGAGAGUCUUCAGACUGAUCCCCAAUACCGAUCCAAUCAGUAUCAAUCCACUUGUAAGAUGUAAGGGUAAAAUAGUCCAAAAAUACAUUUCUUUUUUUCAAAAACAGGGUAAAUCUGUUGGAUACCAUCCGAUCCCAACAAAUACAGAUCUGAUCCGUACCACUAGCGGUUGAAACCGAUACCGAAUUUUAAAACGGUGUUUCAUAUUUGCAAUCUGUAAAAUUAAGUCUACUGUGUUACUUUGAAAUUACCUCAUGUACUUAUCCCUCAAUUUAAGUAAAAACACGUUAAGCUAAGGCCAGACAAAUAAUAAUAUAAUAAUAAAAAAAGAAGGCAAAUAAAGGUCACUGACGCGUUUUCAAAUAACAUAAAAAUAUCAAGAAGUUCAAAAAGGAAACUACUGUUGGGUUUGGAAAUAACUGGAAAACUUGUGUGGCAAGUCCCUCCCCCUCUCUGUCUCUCUCUCUCUUAUCUUAAACGGUCUCCAUAGUACUCCUCCCUCACUUAGGAUUGCAUAUGUCUCUCUCCUCGUAUUCUCCAAAGGAGCCCUAUAUAGUUACUGGGUUUUCUUCGAGGGAGCUACUUUGUGAACAAGAAUUUGAUAAGAGAUUGAAACGAGUUAAGCUCUGGUUCUGCUUCUUCUCUUUCGUCUUCUUCAUAUGAGUGCAUCGGAACUAGCUACCAGUUGGGAUUGGUUUUUCAGUCAAGGGGUGUUGUCUGCAGUGACCUCUUAGUGAAGAAACUUCACAAGACCAGGGUUUGAAAAUCUGAUCGGAGAGGUAAAUAUUUUCCCUUUUCAAGUUCAAGAACAUCUUUCUAAGUUUGGUUUCUUAAUUCUCUUUCUCACAUUAUAGGGAUUUUAUAGAAUUAAAAGUGAUGGUAACAAGGAAGAUAAAGACCAUGGAGAUGGAAAAUUUUGCAGCAUUCACACAUCUCAAACACUGCAAAAAGAAAAACAAAAAGGAGAAGAAUAGCAAGAGAGAAGAUCGAUCUUGGUCUGAUCUUCCAACUGAGAUUCUUGAACGUAUCAUGGCUGACCUAUAUUUAAGUGAUAUAACAAGUUUCCAUGAAGUCUGCAAACAAUGGAGUUCUAUAGAACGUCCCCGAACCCAACUAUUGAUUAGAUAUGGAUAUGAAUAUCGACAUCGAUGUCGCCCUACGAAUCAAAUUCCAUGGCUACUGAUGUCAAAUUCCCAUACCCAUUUGACCUCAUCAUGCACACUCAUAGACCCAUCUUCUUCUUCUUCUUACAAGAAAGCCCAUUCCAUCAAAAUUGAAGGCAUUGGGCCUAAUGAUAAUACUCAAGUUUGUAGUACCAAGUUCGGUUGGUUACUACUAUCUCAAACUCAUCCCCAUUGGACUUCAUUCUUUCUAUACUCUCCCUUUAUCAAUGAGAGGAUCGACUUGCCUAAUUUGGAUUCAAAGUUCGAUGUUGCAACAUUCUCCUCAGUGCCCACUUCAACUGAUUGCGUAUUCUUCGUUCUACACUACACAACUAAAGUGACUAUCAGCAUAUGUCGCAAAGGUGACAUGGCCUGGAGCACAAGUAGUUUCUCAGAAGGGUUUUUGCCGAUUAAGGAUGUAGUCUACUCGAAGGGGUUGUUCUAUUGCUCAACAAUUCGUGGUGCAUUAGCAGCUUUCGAUGUCUCUCAACAGUCAUGGAGGGUUCUUUCCGAAUUUAGGCCACUACUGGAUUCUUCAUGCUAUGAUUAUAGUAGUUUUAUGGUUGAAGAUGUAGAAGAGGAACUCUUAUUUAUUCUUUUGAGCAAUUCAGGUGGCUGGGCUUUAGUUCACAAGUUGGAUAGAUCUGUGAAGAUGUGGGUCAAAGUUGAAAACUUAACAGAUAAAUCAUUGUUUGUUAGCUCUGCUAGCACUUCGGUUAUGGUUUCUAAGAACAAGAGAACUGAGAAGGUGAUGAAUAGGGUUUAUCACUGUCUACCCAAUGAGCCCCCAAAGUUCUACUCUUUCAAAGCUUUAAAAAGCUACGGAUCUUCUAGUCCUUAUGGUGAUCUUCCCACCAAGGAGUUUCCUAAGAAGUUUAUUUGGAUUGAACCUUCUUGUUAGAAAGAAGUAAGAAUUUGAUUUCUAUUGUUAAUUUUUGGAGUCAAUUGAUGUAUGUACUAAUGUUUUUAACAUUCUGCUUGAUCUCGGAUUCAAUAUAUAUUUCAUUGGCUUCUUCA